UGGGUUCUUUUCUCUUUUGUUCAUAAGCUUUUUUUUUUCUUUCAAUCAAUGUCCUUAUGUGUUUGACACUCAUAUGAAACAUUUUGCUUCUGUCUCUUGGAUGGAUCCCCAAACAAUCCCAAGGCAUUAGUAAUAUCUACAAGGUCUGGACAAGUCUUGAAGAAACUUAGGAAGAGCGAAUUAUGAAUUUAAUGAAGUUCCCAAAGCGAUACUUGAUUGUUAUUUUAACCUUCGUUAGCACAUGUGUUUGUUACAUAGAACGUGUCGGAUUCUCUAUAGCUUACACUGUUGCGGCCGAUGCUGCCGGGAUAAACCAGUCAAACAAAGGCACGAUACUUUCCACGUUCUAUUAUGGCUAUGCCCUUUCUCAAGUUCCCGGAGGAUGGGCGGCUCAAAGGAUUGGGGGAAGGAAGGUUCUGCUUCUCUCGUUUGUGUUAUGGUCAUCAACUUGUUUUUUGGUACCGCUAGAUCCCGAUAGAGUCACUAUCUUGGUCGUUGCUCGGUUGCUCGUUGGUGUAGCACAAGGUUUCAUCUUCCCUUCCAUCCACACUGUCCUAGCACAGUGGGUUCCGCCACAUGAGAGAUCGAGAUCCGUUUCACUUACAACAUCCGGGAUGUACCUAGGUGCAGCCAUGGGGAUGCUUGUCCUUCCCAGCCUGGUGAAGUUCAAAGGUCCCCAAUCUGUAUUUCUUGCAGAAGCAGCAUUAGGUGUCCUGUGGUCUUUGCUUUGGUUUGAGUAUGCAACCGACCCCCCUCGAUCGGAGCAUCCGAAAGCCGCCGCCGCUGGUUUUGGAGAAUCUUUGUUACCUACCGAUGCAAGUCAGAAGACAAAACUCGAGAAAGGAGGGAAAACCGCCAAAAUUCCAUGGAAGAGAAUUUUAUUCAGCAAGCCAGUUUGGGCAAUUGUGGUAAACAAUUUCACAUUCCAUUAUGCUCUAUAUGUAUUGAUGAACUGGCUACCAACAUACUUCGAGCAGGGCCUUCAGCUCAGCCUUCAGGAAAUGGGUUCUUCCAAGAUGAUGCCCUAUUUAAACAUGUUUGUGUUCUCAAAUAUCGGCGGGGUUGUUGCUGACGACUUGAUCACCAAAAGAAAAAUGUCUGUGACUAAAACGAGGAAGCUCUUGAACACCGUAGGAUUUAUAGUCGCUUCGCUUGCACUGAUGGCACUCCCAAUCUUCAGAACAUCCGGUGGAGCUAUUCUAUGUUCUUCAGUGGCACUCGGCUUCUUGGCACUUGGGAGAGCUGGCUUUGCAGUGAACCAUAUGGAUAUUGCACCCAGAUAUGCAGGAAUCAUGGUGGGGGUCUCGAAUACAUCCGGUACUCUAUCUGGGAUUAUCGGAGUUGAUAUGACCGGACGGCUUCUCGAAGCGGCUAAAAUCGAAUAUUCAGAUCUUUUGAGUCCUGAAAGCUGGAGAGCAGUCUUUUUCAUUCCGGGAUUGUUGUGCAUACUUAGUUCUUUCGUGUUCUUGCUAUUCUCGACGGGGGAGAGGAUUUUUGACUGAAAUAAAGCCAUG